AUGGCUGCGAAAGAGAGAGAGGAGACAUACGAUUGCUUCGAAUCGCGACACUAUCAUCAGCUUACGGUGGCUGGCGUCCCGAAACACUUCUGGCGACGUUUGCACGAGAAACUUGUCAACGAGAUCUUUGAUGCGGGCGAAUUCUUCCAGAUUCUCGAAGAAGUGAACGAAGAGGGCGAGCAUAGCUAUUCGGUGGUGCCACUGCAACAGCUCAGUGCCCAAGAUCCAAACAGCAUUUUCUUGAUCGAUCAUGCUUGGACUUUUCGGCCUCAGACUGCCCGGAAGCAGUUGCGUGAAGUUCCUGGUCUUUUGGAUCGUAUGUGCGCUGUCCUCAAUAUUGAGGAAAGACCAAGAAGCGCAGCAGAUAGUAAUUCCGAUUAUACUGGAAGCGGGGAUGAAGCACAGAGUCCAUCGGGAGCUGAACGACAAGCUGCAGGCGCAGAAGGUGAGCCGAAUGAAGCCAUAAAACGAAAUGUUAGUUUUGAAAGGAAGCCAACCGUUGCUCCAUAUGGUACAAACGAUGAAAGCGUCAAUCGCAAGCCAAGCGAUGAAGCGGGGCCGAGCACUGUCAAAGAACGACAUGAGAGUCUGCCAGAAAAUUUCUUGGGAGCACCACUACAAGAAAGUUUUACGACACUGUCGGAAGAAGAACGUCGAAUUAAUGAAGUUUUACGACAAAUGUGGCGUCACAUACAAACUUACACAAUGCGUUUUGCUGAAAAAGUAUGUUUCUUGUUUGAUGCCAGAGGCAGUUACAGCAAUGAGCUUUUUCAUUACGCGUUUAGUGCUGUGUAA